CAUCCCACCACCACCCAUCAAGCUCACGACAACCCGUUCAAUCCACUUCUCUACCACAUUCACGAUAAUCUCCCGAGUUCACUGAAGCUCUCCAUAACGAUGGCCCCCGGCAAAAUCAUCCCCGUAACUUCCUCCGCGCACUUCAACACACUCCUCUCGUCCUCCACCUACACAAUCGUCGACUUCUACGCCGACUGGUGCGGACCCUGCAAGACGAUUGCACCUGUAUUCGCCGCCCUCGCAGAGAAGGAGAGCAAGCCGGGACGUGUCCAGUUCUGCAAGGUGGAUGUGGAUAGUCAGCAGGACGUUGCGCGGAAGUAUGGCGUUAGCGCUAUGCCGACCUUCCUCGUCAUAAAGAACAACUCCGUCGUCGAAACGAUCCGCGGCGCGAACCCCUCCGCCCUAACCACCGCCGUCCGCAAAGCCGUUAACGACGCUUCCUCCACUCCUGCCGCACGGGGCGCGAACUUCCAGUCCAAAGGAUACACGCUGGGCUCUGCGUCGGCGCCUAGCAGGCCGGUCAACAAUGGUGGCUUCGCGGGCCUGCAGGGGAUGAUGGCGGGCAAUGGAGGGCUGGCGGAUAUGGUUGUGCGCUUUGUCGCGCUGUACUUUAUCAGCCUGCUUUCGUUGGAUGGAUAUAGGGCCGCGGAGGAGAGUCCGUAUAAUGUGCGGGCAGGGAGAUAGGGACGAGAUAUGGGUAAAGCGGGAGAGGGAUGGCGUUUCUGGCGUUUUGGUACGGAAGGGAUAUUGGCUUGUUUUGGUUUGAUAUUUUUACAAGAGCGAGCUUCAGGAUGGUUUGGCCCAGAGGAUCGUUAUCUUCGUGGCCAUUGCG